CACGUCAUCAUGAAGCCGCCUUCCCGCGUUCGAGCUAAACCGGAUCGGUAUUCACACAGAAAAAAAAUAGAUCUGAAAAAACAUCGGAAGAAGAGAUUGAUUUGUGGAUCAUGGAAACGAACGGAGCAGCGUAACCUCUUGAUAGGUCUUCGUAAGCAGAGCAAGUGCACCGGAGGCACCGGUUACAUCAACUUCAAAGCACUGAAUCAAAAGAUUCCCCAGCGCACUAUCCAAGAGUUGGAGACCAUGGUGGAGACCCUGAAGAGCCACGCGGUGACGGUGACGGUACAGCAGCUAAGCCGCCAGCGGAGGACAGCGUUGGCGGCCAGGGUGCCCAUCGAGGUGUGGAGCCAGCUGGCCGAGGACGCGGCUGGAUCCGUGGUCGACCCUGUCACCUCUGCUUUCUCCCAGAUGAUGUUCCUCUGCUCCACGGAGCCCCGAAGCCUCAGAAACUCCGACCCUCCCCGCCGCGACCACUGCGAUGCUCAGGUCCCCUCUGACGCGCGCACAAUCCCUUUCAGACCCAUGCCCAUGCCUAACCCCGCCCUGGUCACCCUCCCCAAGCCCGCCCUGGUCACCCUCCCCAACCCACCCACCGCGACUGUUUCCACUUCCAGGAUCGCCAGCACCAGUGAGUCUGACCCAUCUGCCACAUCGACCACUGUGACACCAGCAAGGCUUAUCUCUGGUUCCCCGGCGUCGGGAUGUGGAAGACUGCAGUCGAACUCUCCCGCUUCCAUCCUUCCCCCCGGUCAACCUGGAGGGUCCGACACGACAUCAGCUUCCCUCAGGGGCUCAGCUGAACAAUCAUCUCCCCAGCCGGCUUCUUCCUCCAAUUCUACCUCCACUUCUUCAUCCUUCAACACCACCACUACCUCCUCCUCCAGUACCUCCACCACCUCCUCCUCUACCCCAGCCCCCUCCUCCAUGACCACUUCCUCCUCCUCCUCCACCACUACCCCCUCCUCCAUGACCACUUCCUCCUCCUCCACCACUACCUCCUCCUCCAUGACCACUUCAUCCUCCUCCUCCACCCCCCCCCUCUCCUCCUCCAACACCACCACAUCCUCCUCCACCAGGUUUGGGCGGACCAGUAAGUUCGCCCAGAAGGACUCUCCCAGAACCAUGGGUUUGCGUUGCAUCGUGGACUUUGAGAAGAUCUACUCGUACCUCAGCCAAGUCCACAAAGUCAACCAGGAGCACUGCCUCACUCCCAUGGAGAGCGCUGUUGUGCUCGAUGUCCUGCUGUCUCUACCUGAAGAGCUCCCCCUGCUGGACUGUGUUAGACUGGAGCAGCACAUGAUCCAGGCACACGCCAGCCUCACGUCUCCCGUGGACCGCAGCGAGGCCGGAUCCAACAUGGACGCCCAGGAGGCACAAGAUGGUGGAGGGGCGGAGCCAGUGGGGGGCUUUCACCAGGCCCAGGUGAGCGGGGGAAGGGAGGCAGGUAUUGGUCCCCUUCCAGAUGGCCAGGACAGAGACGGGUUGCAGCCCACCAAUCAGGUAGAGGCUGCCGUGGCAACGGAGGCCCCCGGCAUCCUGGUCCCUCCGCGUUCUGUUGCGAUGGACGCUGCCCAAUUGCAGAGGGCCACCGCUGGCCGUGAGGGACAUGCCGACGGCCAAUCGCCUUCGUCUCAGAACGCUUCCGGCCAAUCGAGGAGCAGCAGCAGAUGCCAGGAGAAGGUGACCAAUGGGAAGGCGACGGUGUGCCCUCUUAACCCUUUCAUGGUGCCUUUACAGCUGUUGGCACGACGACAGGCCCAGUAGGCCGGGAGAGGCGGGGGUUGCUACGGUAACCGAGUCGUUUUAAGUUCAAACUUUUGUAGAGGGCAGAAAAUGGCGGCGUUAAUGCGUCCAUGUUCCUGAGGCCAUUAAUCUGUUAAUAGUGCAAAAUAUUUUAUAUGCAAUGAGUAAAUGUCAGAAUAUGCUUUUCGAGUUUCAGAUUUCUUCUGCUAGAUUGGAAUAAGAAUAAAGUGUAUUUAACAGCGA